AUGCCUCCUGUUGCCCCAAGCAAACAAUAUGAUUACUUGGUUAUUGGUGGAGGAAGUGGUGGUUUGGCUUCGGCCAGGCGCGCUGGCUCUUAUGGUUUUAAGGUUGGUUUGGUAGAGUCAACUGGGCGUUUGGGUGGAACUUGUGUGAACGUCGGCUGUGUUCCAAAGAAGGUCAUGUUUAAUACCGCUUCACAAUUCAUAAAUAAUUUGCAAUAUGGAUUUGAUUUGCCAUCAAUCCCAAAUUUCAAUUGGAAUUACCUCAAACAAAAGCGAGACGCGUAUAUAAAACGUCUUAAUGGGAUUUAUUCUAAUAAUCUAGCCAAGGAUAAAGUUGAUUACAUUGAAGGAAAAGCUAGUUUCGUAAGCAAAAACGUUUUGAAAGUGGAACAUAAUGGAAGCGUUGAAGAGAUUGAAGCAAAGAAAAUAUUAAUUGCUACAGGUGGUCAUCCGCGUAUUCCUCAUGAGAUACCUGGUGCGGAACUUGGUAUAACAAGUGAUGGUUUCUUCGAUCUUGAAGAACAGCCGAAAAAGGUCAUGGUUGUUGGAACCGGGUAUAUAGGCGUCGAAUUGGCUGGUAUCUUUAAUGCCUUAGGCAGUAAUGCUACGUUGGUCUCUCGUUCGGAUGAGAUUUUACGUACUUUUGAUCCAAUUAUCAAGGAUACAAUUCUUGAUCAAUCAAAAAAGGAGGGAAUGCGAGUUUUAACUCGUGCUCAUGUUAAAAGUCUUUCACGCGCUUCACCAAGUGGGCCCAUUAAAGUAGAAUUCACAUCCAAAGAAACCAACGAUACAUCCGAAGAAUUUGAUACCCUUUUAUGGGCAAUCGGAAGAGAACCAAAUGUUGAUGAUUUAAACCUGGACAAAGUUGGGGUGAAGUUAAAUGAAAAAGGGUACAUUGUGGCUGAUGAAUACCAAAACACGGCUGUCGAAGAAAUUUAUGCUUUGGGCGACGUUUGCGGAAUUGCACAGUUAACGCCUGUCGCAAUCGCAGCCGGACGUCGAUUGUCGGAUAGGCUUUUUGGUCCUUCAAAGUUUAAGAAUCUUAAACUUGAUUAUAAUGAUAUCCCUACCGUCGUGUUUCAUGGAACUUGUGGUGCGGUGGGUCUUACUGAACCGGAGGCUCGAAAAAAAUAUGGUGAUGAAAAUGUUAAGGCCUAUUCUUCCAAGUUUGUGAAUAUGUAUAGCGCGAUGACGGAGCAAAAACCAGCAACGGCUUAUAAACUUAUUGUCCACGGUGAAAAUGAAAAGGUUGUCGGUAUUCAUCUUAUCGGAAGAGACUCUGCCGAAAUAUUACAAGGAUUCUCGGUCGCCUUAAAAAUGGGUGCUACAAAACAAGAUUUCGAUAAUACAGUCGCGAUACAUCCUACAGCCGCCGAAGAAUUGGUUACAAUGAGAUGA